CCCAGGCCCCGCCCCGCCGUCACGACCUGAGCGCCGCCGGGACUACGGGCGGUUCCCUCGGGGCUACCUCUGUCGCGCUCUCUCGGUUGGGGCUGCCUCGGUCGCGCUGUCCCCGGAGCCGCCCGACGCUCGCCGGCACGAUGUCAGCCAAUAUCCCUGGAAACUCAAAUGUGGCUGCUAGUAGUAAUCGUCGUCUUCAGCAGACUCAACACCAAGUAGAUGAGGUGGUUGACAUCAUGAGAGUGAAUGUGGACAAGGUGUUGGAGCGAGAUCAGAAGCUGUCAGAGUUGGAUGACCGUGCUGAUGCACUGCAAGCAGGAGCUUCCCAGUUUGAGACCAGUGCAGCCAAGCUGAAAAGAAAGUAUUGGUGGAAGAACUGUAAGAUGUGGGCAAUAUUGAUAACUGUUGUUCUCCUUGUCAUCAUCAUCAUCAUUAUUCUGGUGUGGAAUGUGCCUUCAUGAGUUACAGGAAGAGACAGAUCAACUGAAGGUGCCCAUCUUCAGCCUCUCCACUCGAAACCUGCAGUGUUUUCAGCCCAUUUACUGCUGUUUAAAGCAAAACUAUUUUGAUUACUGAAAUGUUAACUAACUUUACCUCGUUGCCUUAAGACACUCCUAUCAUUAAUUACUAACAAGCACAGCCCACCACUUGCGCAGUGCCUUAAUAAACUGGGGCAGAGAGCGGGCAA